ACACACAGAGGGUAGUGGCUGAUGGACGGUGUCCGUGUCUCUGCAGGGGACGCUGCAGAAGUUCGUGGAUGAUGUCUUUGUGGCCAUCCUCAGCAUCAAGCGUCCUCCUCCCAUAGCUGUCCGGUUUUUCUUCGACUUCCUGGACGACAUGGCGGAGAAACACGGGAUCGACGACCCCGAGACCGUCCACAUCUGGAAGACAAACAGUCUCCCUCUGAGGUUCUGGGUCAACAUCCUGAAGAACCCACAGUUCGUCCUGGACGUCCAGGUGACUGACAGCAUCGACGCCGUCCUCUCCGUCAUCGCCCAGACCUUCAUCGACUCCUGCACCACCUCCGAACACAAAGUGGGACGGGACUCUCCAGUCAACAAGCUGCUUUAUGCCAGAGAGAUCCCGCGAUACAAACAGCUAGUGGAGCGGUGAGACAGCUACUGCACCUGGUUCUAGUUCUGGUUCUGGUACCGGUCUGG